UUUCGUGAAAUACUAUGAUUGUGAUUCACUUGCAAGAUGGUUUAGCCUUAGAAGGUUUGGUUUACUUCAACAUGAGCAGAAGGGUUGGUCAUAAGCCUGAUCAAGCCACUUUUCUGACUGUUCUCCGUGUCUGUGAAGCCAUCGGGGUAGUGAGACUGGCGCAAGGAGUUCACGGGAUAAUCAUGUUUUGUGGGUUCAAUGGAAACAAGUGUAUAACUACAGCGUUGUUAGACUUGUAUGCAAAACUUGGGAGGUUGGAGGAUUCGUCUACGGUUUUUCAUGAGAUUACUUCUCCAGAUAGUAUGGCGUGGACAGCAAUGCUUGCUGCUUAUGCCACCCAUGGGUUUGGUAGAGACGCAAUCAAGCAUUUUGAGCUCAUGGUUCACUAUGGUAUUAGUCCUGAUCAUGUAACCUUCACGCACUUGUUAAAUGCUUGUAGUCACGCGGGUCUUGUAGAAGAAGGGAAGCAUUAUUUCGAAACAAUGUCGAAAAUAUACAGAAUUGAGCCGAGGUUAGAUCACUACUCAUGUAUGGUUGAUCUCAUGGGUAGAUCGGGGCUUCUUCAAGAUGCGUAUGGAUUGAUCAAAGAGAUGCCAAUGGAGGCAAGUUCUGGUGUUUGGGGAGCUUUGCUUGGUGCUUGUAGGGUUUACAAAGAUACCCAACUCGGAACAAAAGCUGCAGAGAGAUUGUUUGAAUUAGAACCUUGUGAUGGUAGAAACUAUGUAAUGCUCUCAAACAUCUAUUCGGCUUCUGGUCUAUGGAAAGAUGCUUCAAGAAUAAGAAAUCUGAUGAAACAGAAAGGUCUCGUAAGAGCUUCAGGGUGUAGCUACAUUGAACAUGGUGAUAAGAUUCAUAAGUUUGUUGUGGGAGAUUGGUCUCAUCCUGAAUCAGAAAAGAUACAGAAGAAGCUAGAGAAGAUUAGGAAGAAGAUGACAAGUGAAUUGGGAUUUAAAUCAAGAACAGAGUUUGUAUUGCAUGAUGUUGAUGAAGAUGUGAAAGUGGAAAUGAUUAAUCAACAUAGUGAGAAGAUUGCAAUGGCGUUUGGGCUCUUGGUGAUUAGUCCAAAUGAGCCAAUUAUCAUAAGGAAGAAUCUUAGAAUUUGUGGGGAUUGUCAUGAAACAGCAAAAGCAAUAUCUUUGAUUGAAAAAAGGAGAAUCAUUAUAAGAGAUUCUAAGAGGUUUCAUCAUUUCUCAGAAGGAUCAUGUUCUUGCAAAGAUUAUUGGUAG